CCUCGCCAGGCCUCUUCUGAGGCCAUCAAGAAAGCGUACCGCAAGCUGGCGCUCAAGUGGCACUCCGACAAAAACCCAGAGAACAAGGAGGAGGCAGAGAGGCGAUUCAAACAAGUGGCCCAUGCAUACGAGGUGUUGUCAGACACCAAGAAAAGGGACGUCUACGACCGGUACGGCGAGGCAGGAGUGGAGGACUGCGGCGGCAGCAGUGGUGGGCCCUUCGAGGACCCCUUCGAAUACGUGUUCACCUUCCGCGACCCGGCUGAGGUCUUCAAGGAGUUUUUCGGUGGUCGGGACCCAUUUUCGUUCGAUUUCUUCGGAGACCCGCUCGAGAACAUCGAGGGGUCGGAGGAGCUCCCGGGGAAGCAGAAGCAGAGGGUGCACACCCCUUUUCUCCACCUUCAGUGA